UACGCUCGCUGUUCUUUUCUCUAUACGCAACACAGUACACCUAACUAUUGUUUUCGUUUUUGCGGUAUAAUAUUUAGUGAAACUGCUGGUAUUUUCUGCAUAAGGAAGGAAUCAUGAAGUAUAUCGUGGCUAUAUUGUGUGUUCUGUUGAACAUUUCUUCCAAUUCAGCGUUGUCUGAGAAACCAAAUGUGUUAUUCAUCGUGAUUGAUGACUUACGGGCCUCCCUUGAGAGCUAUGGAGGUCCAAUCAUAUCGCCAUACAUCACUGAACUUGCUUCGCGAUCGGCUCUCUUCAGCAACGCCAAAGUGCAACAAUCUGUAUGUGCUCCCAGUCGCGUAUCCUUCUUGACGGGGCGACGCCCAGACACCACUCGGCUCUACGAUUUCGGGUCGUACUGGAGGACGCAUGCAGGGAAUUACACGACAUUACCGCAACACUUCAAAGAUAAUGGGUACUUCACCGCAUCAGUCGGAAAGGUUUUUCAUCCAGGUAUUCCUAGUGGUGGUAAUGAUGAUUAUCCCUAUAGCUGGUCGAUUCAACCUUACCAUCCACCGACAGAACACUACCAAGGAGCUAAGGUGUGUCCCAAUUUGGAUGGCACGCUUCACGACAAUGUCAUGUGUCCAGUCAAUGUGAGUGCCAUGCCACUUCAGUCGCUCCCAGACAUGCAGUCUCUGGAGUAUUCAUCAUCAAUCCUGAAGAACCUAUCCGUAGCUUCACAUCCGACGAACGCGCACGGUAGGCCGGAUAAAGCCAGGCGGUCCCCUCGGGAACCGGAUAUGCAACCGCCGUUUUUCUUGGCGGUAGGAUUUCACAAGCCGCACAUUCCGUGGAAGUAUCCGGAGGAAUUCAAAUCGCUGUACCCGAUCGAGUCGAUUUCCAUCGCAUCUAAUCCUUCCCGGUCCCCAACCCAGCCGGCUGUUGCCUACGAAGACUAUAACACGUUGAGACAGAGGGAUGAUAUCAACGCUUUGAAUAUGAGCUUCCCCAAUGGGACGAUUCCUCUUCAAUUCCACGCUCCGAUGAGACAGAGUUACUACGCUGCUGCAACCUACACAGAUUUCCUGGUUGGAAAACUCCUUCAGACACUCAACGAAACUGGCUUCUCAAACAACACCAUCGUCGUUCUCUUCGGGGAUCAUGGAUGGCAAUUAGGUGAGCAUGCAGAAUGGUGCAAGUACUCAAACUAUGAACUAGCAACGAGGGUUCCUUUGAUCGUUCACGUUCCUGGUCUUACAGACAAACCAAAGUCCUCAUCGCCAAACUCGCAUCAAAGUGCUCUAAAGAUCAGAAAAAAUGUGGGAACCAACGCUGACAGAGGCAUGGUUGUUGCUGAGUUUGUGGAGCUUGUUGAUCUGUUUCCCACGCUGUCUGAUCUCGCUGGCAUAGAGGUUCCACCUACAUGCCCACCGGACCCUUUCAACGUGACCUUAUGUUCUGAAGGGUACAGUUUCGCCCCUCUCCUGGAGGCAGACUCAAAUGCAAUUCUUUCGGGAAAUGCCACAAAGAAGCUAACUUCCAAGCGGUACAGCCGAUGGAAGAAUGCCACGUACAGUCAGUACCCACGUCCUGGGGUGACCCCGAACAGAGAAACAGAUCUACCAAGUCUCAAGGUCAUAACGGUCAUGGGGUAUUCCAUGCGUACCAAAGAUCACCAUUACACCGAGUGGAUAGGUUUCAAUCAUACAACCUUCAAAGGUAAUUGGACCGAUGUCAAGGCAAGGGAACUGUACAUUAAUAACAAAGACUAUGAUCAAAACCACAAUGUGGCUGAUGAUCCACAGUUCAAGGAUAUCGUCCAGGAGCUCAGUGUUCAAUUGAAGAUGGGAUGGCGCCAAAGCUUACCAGUCCCUGCAUAAAGUUGAGUAGGUUGUGCCUCAUUCUUCAAAUAAUAACAACAUUUGUGAACAAUAAAGCAAUUAGCAAACAAGAAAGAUAUAUACAUUGGGAUGACCCUUUUCCAGGAACAAACUGAUAUGCUGGCAAUUAACUCAUGAUUGGAAUACGUAGUUGAGGUGAAAUCGAGUCAGGUUUACAAUCAAAGUACAUCAAGGCCCCGUUGCGUAAAAGUUAAUAUUACAGUAACAGUGCCAUCCAAUGUUAACUUCCCUGAAAUCCUUGAUUCUGAUUGGCUGAUUAGCACUGUUACUAUAUGGCAGUUACCAUUGGAAGGCAAAGUUACUGUAAUAGGGCCCCAGGCAGCUAGCUCGGAUGGCAUACCAAGGAGCAAAUGGUAUUUAUGGUGAUUUUGUACCUGAUUGCUACUAUAAAGAAAACACCAAUGUUUGUUAGCAAGCAACCUGAGAACCAAAGGCUUAAUUGUCCUCUCCGACGGACCUGGUAAUAAGGAUAAAUGCCUUACAAAAGGGCACUAGUGUACCUGGGUCAUGGGCAUCAGCGCAGAGGAUUAGCUUUUUUUUAUCUAUUGUUGCGUCCCCACCACCCCCCCC